AUGCGUUUUGGCCAGACAUUGAAGAAAUCAAUAUAUCCGCCAUGGAAAGACCAAUAUAUCGAUUAUGCGAAGCUCAAACACCUCUUACGAGAAGAUUCAGCAUCUGAGGGUGAUGACAGGCCAUGGACUGCAGAUGACGAGACUAAAUUCUGCGACGAGAUCCUGAACGUCCAAUUGGAAAAGAUCGCAUCCUUUCAAGAAUCUACAUUCAAAAAACUGGAACAGCGUGCUAAUGCGACUGGAGAGAAACUCAAAGAGCUCGCACCAGAAGAUGGGAAAUCAAAAGACGAUGUUUUUACCGCCAAGUUCAAGAAGAUCGAGGAGGAGCUCGAUGCGAUCAUCAAUGAUACAAAGGAAUUGAAGAAAUACAGCAGCAUUAAUUAUACCGCCUUCUUGAAGAUUGUCAAGAAACAUGAUCGCAAGAGGGGUAACAACUACAAGAUUAGGCCGAUGGUACAGAUGAGUUUGCAGAAGAGGCCUUUUAACUCGGAAAAGGGCUAUUCAGCAUUGCUCAACCAAUUGUCGAUGAUGUACUUUGUUGUUCGCCAACAACUGGAUGAUAAUACGGAUCCCGCAGUAACUUCGUCCUCCGAUGUUCAGUCGCAAUCACAAACACCGGAGAAGUACACUGCGUACAAAUUUUGGGUUCACCCUGAUAAUCGUCUGGAAGUCAAGACCUAUAUCCUUCGUCGACUUCCUGCUGUAGUAUAUAGCGAACCAUCCUCGAAGAGCCCCGAACCUCAAGCCGACCCGACUCUCAAUUCUCUCUAUCUUGACAGUCCGGAUUUCACGCUCUACGACCAAAAGAGGGAAAAGAAGGAGAAUGCUACAUCACUAAGGAUCAGAUGGUAUGGUCAAUUGAAGGACAAUCCAGAGCUUCACUUUGAACAAAAGAUUGUACAUGAAAAUGGCACCAGCGAAGAAAAGAAGCUUUUGAUAAAGGAAAAGUAUAUCGACUCCUUUAUCAAAGGUGAAUACAAAAUGGAGAAGAGCAUACAAAAGAUGGAACGACAAGGGCUGCCAGAAACAAGAAUCGAGGCCUUUAAAAAGACUGUAAACGAUAUUCAAUCAUUGAUCAAGGAGAAUGGUUUGCAACCAAUCUUGCGAGCUAAUUACACUCGCACUGCCUUUCAAAAGCCAUUGGACGACAGAGUCAGGAUAUCUAUUGAUACUCAAUUGGCGUUCAUCCGGGAAGAUUGUAUAGACGAGGACAGACCUUGCAGAGAUCCUAAGAGCUGGCACCGACGCGACAUUGAUAGUAGUGCCAUGUCAUAUCCAUUCAGCAACAUCAACCCAGGAGAAAUAUCGAGAUUCCCAUAUUCGGUGUUGGAAAUCAAGGUGAAGGAUGAUGCAACCAAGAAGCAGCCUCAAUGGGUACAGGAUUUGAUGGGCUCGCAUCUUGUGUACGCAGCGCCAGGCUUCUCUAAAUUCCUUCAGGGUGCUGUAUCUCUCUUCGAGGAUAAUGUCAACGACUAUCCUUCAUGGCACGGAAACUUGACGGAUGAUAUUCGCAAAGAUCCACAAGCGGCAUGGGAGGAAGAUCAAUCUCGAAAAGCAAAGCAGGCCGAGAACGAUCUCGUAAUCGGUAGCUUCAUUGGAACUUCUCAAAAAGCAAGCGCAAGUUUCGAACCUGCCGUGAGCUCGCCAGUAGGCAAGUCAUAUAUGGAGGAGAGAAUGCUUGCUGAGGAGAGAGCUGGUAGAAGAUCCAAUCUGGAUGGCCCUUCUGCCUCUGGAGAUGCUGGAAAUGACGAAGACGAAACCGGAGCCUCAAGUAAUCAAGGUGGAUAUGGCACCUUGGCAUCUGUAUUUCCAUCUUUCUCCCUCUCGCGUUAUGCCCAAUCACGCCGAUCGAAAAGUUUUCAAUUGCCUCCCGGUGUUACUAAACCAACUCAAUACAUUAAGGAUUCAGGUCCUUUACAAGUCGAACCUAAAGUUUGGCUGGCCAAUGAACGUACAUUUUUAAAAUGGCAACACAUAUGCAUAUUAUUGGGGUCCCUUGCUGUUAGUUUAUACACAGCUGCAGGAGAGGAUGAAAUUGCAGAAGCUAUGGGUAUUGCAUAUAUUAUCAUUGCCAUCUUUGCUGGAAGUUGGGGCUACUGGAUGCAUUACACGCGGCGACAGAUGAUUGUUGACAGAAGCGGAAAAGAUUUUGAUAAUUUGAUUGGACCAAUGAUUGUCAGCGCUGCCCUUAUGGUGUCCUUAUUGCUCAAUUUCUUCUUCAAGUACAAAACAAGCAAUGGCAAAGUACCGAGAAAAUGGACUUGA